GGCAGAAAAGAGUUUAUCAAUUUAUUCGAGUGCUAAUUAGAUAAUUGCGCCGUUGUAGUUGCACGGCGCACCUGACAAGUUGAUUAAAAGCGUAACGGAAAUCGUGAUUAAGUCGGCGUGAGUCACGCACCUGCCACGCACCACGCUAGUUGCCCAUCUCUAGCUGCUGCCCCCGAAAGUCGAAAACGCGUAAAGUUUUCGAAUAAAAUGCAGAGAUUAGCCGAUUAAGCGGCGCGCGGGCUCGUAACCAACCGUUUUCAAGUAUUAAACUACCGUUUAUGAAACACAUCAACAUAGUGAAAUAGUUUAAGUAACCGCACGAGCACCGUUAUCGCCGCUUUUCCGCUUUUCCUCGCUGCCAAAUUGCGCUGCAUGUCCAUUUUUGGUGAAGAAUUUCUCGCCAAAAAUCUUGCCCUUGGCCGGACGCAAUGAGCGAUGAGAUUUAACUGGCUGAGCGAGUACGUGGCCAGCAUAUCAAGCAGCAUUGCAUCAACAUCCCCGUGGCGCCAACUGCAGCAGCAGGUGCAGCAGCUCGUCCCCAAUCCGCAGGCCAUCUACUGCCGUAUCAGGUCAUCAUCCGCCGAAGCACUGGAGCACGUACUGAUCGCCUGUGCGGUGUACUUGCUAGUAUGCCUGGGCCUCUACAAGCUCACUUUUUGGCUCUCGGGAUCCGGAUCGGGAUCGGACGCCCACCACACCGAUGACAACAGCAACGCCGGGUCGGGUGAGGGGGAAGAGCUAAACCCAAGCCCGGAUGGCAAUCGGAGUCCUGGCGGCCUGAAGAAGGCCCUGCAGUCUGGACUACGGCUGCGUAGCGUCCGGCUGCCCAAAACGGCGUACAUGGAGCGCGUCCUGCUGAUCACCGCCCAUCCGGAUGACGAGUGCAUGUUCUUUGGACCGCUGAUCUACUCGCUGACGCAGCGCCAAGGCUGCCAGGUGUUCAUACUUUGUUUGUCCAACGGAAACUUUGAGCACAAGGCAAAGGUAAGGCGUCAGGAACUGUGGCGCUCUUGCUCCAAACUGGGUAUUCCCGAGUCCAACAUCGUGCUGAUGAAUGCCACCAACCUGCCUGACGACCCCUAUGUGGACUGGCGCCCAGAUGCGGUCGCCAGUUUGAUACUGCACACGAUCGAAAGCCUCGACAUCCAGGCGAUAUUCACUUUUGAUCGGGAUGGCGUCAGCUCGCAUCCGAACCAUUGUGCCGUGUAUUACGCGGCCGCCUCGCUCUGUUUGGCCAACCUUUUGCCCAAAGAUUGCAAAUUCUACACCUUGGACUCGAUCAAUGUGGUCAGAAAAUAUCUAUCCAUCUUGGACCUGCUGUGCACGUGCUUUAUGUCUACGCACUGGUGCAUUCUGAACUGGAAGGAAGCUGCUAUAGUCAGAAGUGCGAUGAAGGAGCAUCACUCGCAGAUGCGAUGGUUUCGCUGGCUCUAUAUUUACUUUUCGCGCUACAUGUUCAUUAACUCGAUGCGUCAGAUAAAUCUCUCGGAUGUGGAACUGGAAAUGCAGAUACAUGACAAUUAACAGGAGAACAGGAAGCAAUUGAAUAGCUAAAGACAAACUACCUUCAUGAUCGGAUGCUCCGGGUGGCAGAGCGAGUGGUUUUUAUUUUAGACUCUGACGAUUCUACUAGUAUAUAUAUAUGUAACUACUACUGUUGGCCAAACGAUCGAUAGUAACUGGAAAGCUAUAUCCAAAACCAACAAGGGAACAAAGAAUCAGCAAAGCGGCAGUACCAUAGGCAACCGAAACCACAAAACAGUCCAUUAAUUAGUUCCACACUCACAUAUGAAAUGGCAUAUCUUUAAUUUUUAUUAGUUAGCUCUAAUUAUUAUUUAUACUCAGUCCAAGCAAUGUUCCAAAGUGUGCGAUGUAGUCAAAUGCUUAAAAAUUAAAUAUGUAUGCAUUAUUGUAA